AUGAAUGAACUCAUAGUCUCCUCAGUAUAUCCCCCAACUGGGAAUUUGCUGGAAGCACUUAUUCACAUCUCUAACGAAGUAUUUUCAAUGGAAAAGCUUCCAUUUGUACAGAUGAAAAACAUUUCAGCUAUGUUAAGAAGGAUCAAGAUUCUUUCUUCAUUGUUUGAAGAAAUUCAAGAAACAUUGUCAUCCGCUGCACUACUUCCACCAUCCUCCAUCCUCUGCUUAGCUGAACUUUCAUGUGUCAUACGAAAGAUAAAGCUCCUCAUAGAAAGUUGCAAAGAAGGAAGCUCUUUGUGGAACCUCAUGCAAACAGAAUUGAUUUCCAACAAAUUUCAUGCACUCAUCAAGGAGAUGGACAAAGCACUUGACAUUUUACCUCUGAGAUUUCUUAAUGUGACUGUUGACACCAAGGAGCAAGUGGAGCUUCUUCACAAGCAGGCGAAAAGGGCUAAUUUAUUCAUUGAUCCCCGAGAAAUUCAGAAAAGGGAAGAGAUUCUCCAGUUGAUGGCUACUAACUGUGACAGGAAAAGCAAGAACAAAGGCCUCAUUGACUUUGAGAGAGUGCAACAGAGUUUCAAUAGCAUUGGUUUGAGAAGCUCAUUGGACUAUGAGGAAGAGAUCUCAAAAUUACAGACACAAGCUGAGAAACAGGCAGGUACGGGUGGUCUUAUCGCCGCCUCGAAUAUCAACAGCCUAAUAUCCUUGAUCUCCUUGUCAAAAACUGCAAUUUUGGAAGAAGAGCACGUCAUGAUUAAAAAAAAUUUGAAGCAGCCGGCACCGAUGAAUGUUAUUCCUGAUCAAUCCUCCUCAUGUUAUUCGCUGGUUUCCGACAUCCCUGAUGAAUUACGCUGCCCAAUUUCACUUGACUUGAUAAGGGAUCCGGUGAUAGUAGCAUCAGGGCAUACUUAUGAUCGAAAUUCAAUCGCUCAGUGGAUAAAUUCAGGGAACCACACAUGUCCAAAAAGUGGGCAGAGGCUCAUACAUAUGGCUCUAAUUCCCAACUACGCACUGAAAAGUCUAAUACAACAAUGGUGCCAAGAGAACAACAUCCCAAUAACAGAACCUACAUUAACUCCUUCAGAUUCAGAGAGUAGCUGCAGUAAGAUUAAGAAAUAUGACAAGGCAAUUGACUACAUUUCUGCUACUAAAGCUUCCACAGAUGCUGUCAAAAUGACAGCAGAGUUUUUAGUUGGGAAACUGGCAACAGGGUCUCCAGCUAUACAGAGACAGGCAGCAUAUGAGCUAAGAUUGCUCGCAAAAUCUGGCAUGGACAAUCGCAGGAUCAUAGCUGAAUCUGGAGCUAUUCCAUUUCUGAUGACUCUGCUAGGUUCCCGCGAUCCAAGAAUUCAGGAGAAUGCAGUCACAGCCUUGCUCAACCUCUCAAUACAUGAGAAUAACAAGAUCCUGAUUAUGUCUGCUGGUGCUAUCGACAGUUUAAUUGAAGUUCUCCAAUCUGGGAAAACAACGGAAGCUAGAGGAAAUGCAGCAGCAGCAAUCUUCAGCUUGUCUGUAAUAGACGAAUACAAGGUAAUCAUUGGGGCACGUACCAAAGCCAUUCCAGCUUUGGUUGGACUUCUAGAAGACGGAACUACAGCAGGGAAGAGGGAUGCUGCUAUUGCACUCUUUAAUCUUGCAGUCUAUGAUGCCAAUAGGCAAAGUAUAGUGCUUGCUGGAGCUGUUCCACUACUCAUUGAUCUUCUCAUGGAUGACAAGGCUGGUAUAACUGAUGAUUCCUUGGCGGUUCUUGCCCUCGUCUUGGGCUGCAACGAAGGGCUACAAGCAUUAAGAAAGAGUAGGAUGUUGGUGCCUCUUCUUGUUGAUCUAUUGAGAUUUGGAUCUUCAAAAGGGAAGGAUCAUUCGAUAACACUUCUUCUAGGACUCUGCAAGGAUAGUCGAGAGGAGAUAGCGGGAAAAUUACUGAUGAAUUCAAGAAGUAUUCCUUCUCUCCAGAGCUUGGCUGCUGAUGGCUCUCUAAGAGCUCGAAGAAAGGCUGAUACUCUCCUAAGACUACUUAAUAGAUGCUGCUCUCAAUCUCAGUAA